AUGCAAAACCUCACCGAAGUUCUAAACGGUACCUCUUCGGAUAACUCAUCUGAUUUGGCGUUGUCCACAAGCACGGUUUCUACCAGUACUAUCGCAGAGACGACUACAACGACAUCAGAGGAGUUAUCGCUUACAACGUUCGUAACUGCAUCUGAUCACAGCACUGCCACAUCAAUUGCAUUCAUUUCACUUGUAGUGUUUGGAGUUGCAUGUGCUCUCAUCGCAAAAAUUGUGAUAAGUCACAGAAAAAAGAGAGCUGAACUGAUCGGAUCAGCCAGAUGGAGAAUAUCCGCGUCACGCCAAAGCGCUUCAUCAGCGUCAAGUGGUGGAAACGGGGGAUCCGCCACCUAUCUCCAGAUGGGACGUGGCGGAAACAACCGUUCAUUGAACAAUCAACGUCAACCCCUCAACUCACCACUCGACCACCCAACUGCCGAUCGUCUUGAUUGGGAGCGUCAGUUCUUCGAUGAUUCGGAAGCUACGACGCCAUCGAGACUUGUCUUCCGUUAA